CCCCCACUAAAAGGUUAAGAAAUGUUUUCACUUCAUCUCAUUCAUUCUUACAUAAACAUCGAUACAUUCUCUUCUUGUUGUCUCUUACAAAACUCUGAAUUCAGUUCGGUUUUUCUUUAAGAAAAUUUAAGAUGCAGACUCCCAACAAUAAAGAAACUGUACCCUGCGAUUUCUGCAGUCACCAGAUUGCGGUUCUUUACUGUAGAGCUGACUCAGCUAAGCUCUGUUUGUUCUGCGACCAACACGUGCACUCCGCGAACCAACUGUCAAAGAAACAUCUCCGGUCACAGAUCUGCGAUAACUGCUGCAACGAACCGGUUUCUGUCCGGUGCGCGACCGACAAUUUGGCCCUGUGUCAAGAGUGUGAUUGGGAUGCGCACGGGAGCUGCUCUGUGUCCACUGCACACGAUCGUGCUCCGGUUGAAGGCUUCUCUGGCUGUCGCUCAGCUCUAGAACUCGCCGCAAUGUGGGGUUUCGCUCUUGAUGAUAAAAAACUCAAUGAAUCUGCGCCGUUGAUUGACUACUGGAGCGGUUGUCUAGAUAUGAUGAGUCCCGUUGAGUCUUCGUCGAUUUACAACAACAAUUCAGGAGUAAGUGUUCAAGAUUUGAUGGUGCCAAAUGAGAAAGGUAUGUUUUAUAACGGAAAGGUUUUGGCUAUGUCGAAAAGGCAGAGUCCGAGUUGUGGAAAACUUAGACAAGUGAUACAUAAACAACUGGUUGAGUUGUUGAGGAGUGAUUCGAUGGGAAAUGAAGCUGGUGAAAUAAACCAUGAUGAUAAUGUUAAAAACAGUAAUUUUAGUGCUUAUAGAGAUGCAGAGAAUUUGGUGACAAUAACGGAGGCUCAAGUUAGUAGUUGUGCUCAAGAAUCGCUGCAGCAACAAACGCCUUUUACGUCUCUACUUAUGAUGCAGGAACAGAUGGAUGCCAAAGAGGGUGACCGUGUUGUUAACAGGGAUAUGUUCUGGGAUGGUAAUUCUGGUGGUCAGGGAGCUCAGAUAUGGGAUUUUAAUUCAGGAUGCUCGAGGACCACUGAGGAAUUUAGCCAACUAGAAGUUACAUAUGGUGGAAGCGAUGCAGUAUUCAUGAUUAAGAAUUUUGGUGAACUUAUGAAAGAAACAUCUUUUGCUAGUACAGUAAUGUUUACAAAUAUGUUCCAGAAUGGUCCCAUGGGACAUGAAAACAAAGCUUCUUCUAAUAACAACUCAAAUAACCCAACAGUCAUUCAGGGGCCUAAAACCUCUGAAAGCAACAAUCUACUGAUAGCAAAGCCACCAUCAGGUUCAGUUUUUGGUAAGCCCAGGGACUCCAGGAGCUCUAAACAUAUCCGGUUCAUUGAACAGUCUUUUCUUGAGAGACAUGAUGGAGUGACAGCAGCUGGAGCAACCAAAGCUGAUCUGGAGCUUCUGGCUCAAAAUAGAGGCAAUGCAAUGCGACGUUACAAGGAGAAGAAAAAAACACGGAGAUAUGAGAAGCACAUUCGGUAUGAAUCAAGGAAGGCAAGAGCCGAUAGUAGGAAGCGAGUGAAAGGUCGAUUUGUGAAGGCUAGCGAAGCUCCUGAUGGUUGAAUCCUGUGCUAGGAUAGAAAUAGAUGCUCCUUGCUUGCUUUGUUGUAUAUAUUUCUUACAUUCUUUCUAUGAUUGAUGCAUAAUUCAGCAGUCUUUAUUUUGCAUUAUCA